AUGUCGGCGACGACUGUCGAUAUCGACCCCAAGCUCCUGGACGAGCUGCGCAAGUUCCGCCUGUCGAAGCGAUCGUCCAAGGGCGCGGCGCUCGUGGCCAAGAUCGACAAGAAGAAGCUCCUGCUCGAGGAAGAUGAGAUCCUGGACCCGAUCACCCCGGACGAGCUCGCCGAAGAGCUUCCGGAGCACUCGCCGCGCUUUGUCGUUCUGAGCUACGAGCUGCACCACUCGGAUGGCCGCGUAUCCUAUCUUUCGACGCUCUAUGCCUCGGCGCUGUCCAACUUUUCGACGCACGCCGACGUCGGCAAGGUUGUCGACAUCCGCGACGGCGCGCUGUCCAAUGCGAUUCUCGACGAGCGCCUCGGUGCGCGCCGCUAA